GCCCGCGGCGGAGGUGCAGGGCUGGAGCCCUCCCGAUUAACGUGACGGUGUCAGGUGGAUCGACAGCCAUCUCACUGCCCCUCUGUAGGGGGUUGCUGAGAGUGCAGAGGCAUGGAGGAGAGUAAGCAUGAGGCAGUGAACCAAGCUCAUUUCCUCUUUGACCGGUUUGUCCAGGCCACCACCUGCAAGGGAACCCUCAGGGCCUUCCAAGAGCUCUGUGACCACCUGGAACUGAAGCCGAAGGACUACCGUUCUUUCUAUCACAAGCUGAAGUCCAAGCUUAACUACUGGAAAGCCAAAGCCCUCUGGGCAAAGUUAGACAAGCGUGGCAGUCACAAAGACUUCAAAAAGGGAAAAGCAUGCACUAACACCAAGUGUCUCAUCAUUGGAGCUGGCCCCUGUGGUCUCCGCACAGCCAUUGACUUAUCCUUAUUGGGAGCCAAGGUGGUUGUUAUUGAAAAACGAGAUGCCUUCUCCCGCAACAAUGUCUUGCAUCUCUGGCCAUUCACCAUACAUGAUCUGCGAGGUCUGGGUGCCAAGAAGUUCUAUGGCAAGUUCUGUGCUGGAGCCAUUGACCAUAUCAGUAUCCGUCAGCUCCAGCUAAUACUUUUGAAAGUAGCCUUGAUCCUAGGCAUUGAAAUCCAUGUCAGUGUGGAAUUCCAGGGACUUGUACAGCCUCCAGAGGACCAAGAGAAUGAACGGAUAGGUUGGCGGGCACUGGUGCGCCCUAAGACUCAUCCUGUGUCAGAGUAUGAGUUUGAAGUGAUCAUCGGUGGGGACGGCCGUAGGAACACCUUGGAAGGAUUUCGUCGGAAAGAAUUUCGUGGCAAACUGGCCAUUGCCAUUACAGCGAAUUUUAUUAACCGAAAUACAACGGCAGAAGCCAAAGUGGAAGAAAUAAGUGGUGUGGCUUUUAUAUUCAACCAAAAAUUUUUCCAGGAACUGAGGGAAGCCACAGGUAUUGAUUUGGAGAACAUCGUCUACUACAAAGAUGACACGCACUAUUUUGUUAUGACAGCCAAAAAGCAGAGUUUACUGGACAAAGGGGUGAUACUGCAUGACUACGCUGACACAGAGCUCUUGCUCUCCCGAGAGAAUGUGGACCAAGAGGCUCUGCUGAACUACGCCAGGGAGGCGGCAGACUUCUCUACCCAGCAGCAGCUGCCGUCUCUGGAUUUUGCCAUCAAUCACUAUGGACAGCCCGACGUGGCCAUGUUUGACUUCACUUGCAUGUAUGCCUCCGAGAACGCUGCCUUGGUGCGGGAGCAGAACGGACACCAGUUACUAGUGGCUCUGGUUGGGGACAGCCUCCUAGAGCCUUUCUGGCCAAUGGGAACAGGAAUAGCCCGGGGCUUUCUAGCUGCUAUGGACUCUGCCUGGAUGGUACGAAGUUGGUCUCUAGGAACAAGCCCCUUGGAAGUCCUGGCAGAGAGGGAAAGUAUUUAUAGGUUGCUGCCGCAGACAACCCCUGAGAAUGUGAGUAAAAACUUCAGCCAGUACAGCAUCGACCCGGUCACUAGGUAUCCCAAUAUUAACAUCAACUUCCUCCGGCCAAGCCAGGUGCGCCAUUUAUAUGAUACUGGAGAAACGAAAGAUAUUCAUCUGGAAAUGGAGAACCUGGUAAACUCUCGAACUACCCCAAAGUUGACUCGCAAUGAGUCGGUAGCUCGUUCAAGCAAACUGCUGAGCUGGUGCCAAAGGCAGACAGAUGGCUACACAGGCGUAAAUGUGACAGAUCUCACCAUGUCUUGGAAGAGUGGCUUGGCCCUCUGUGCGAUUAUCCAUAGAUACCGCCCAGAUCUGCUAGAUUUUGAUUCUUUGGAUGAGCAAAAUGUGGAGAAGAAUAACCAGCUGGCCUUUGAUAUUGCUGAGAAGGAACUGGGCAUUUCUCCCAUCAUGACAGGCAAAGAGAUGGCCUCUGUCGGGGAGCCCGACGCGCUGUCCAUGGUGAUGUACCUGACCCAGUUCUACGAGAUGUUUAAGGACUCGCUGCCCUCCAGGGACACCUUGGACCUGAAUGCCGAGGAGAAAGCAGUCCUGAUAGCCAGCACCAAAUCGCCCAUCUCCUUCCUCAGCAAACUUGGGCAGACCAUCUCUCGGAAGCGUUCUCCCAAGGAUAAAAAGGAAAAGGACUUGGAUGGUGCUGGAAAGAGGAGAAAGACCAGUCAGUCAGAGGAGGACGAAGCUCCCCAUGGCUGCAGAGUGGAAAGGCCAGCACUGGUGAGCACUCUGACGGACAGGAGGAUGGAUGCUGCUGCUGGGAACCAGAACAAAGUGAAGUAUAUGGCGACGCAGCUGCUGGCCAAAUUUGAAGAGAGCGCGCCCCCUCUGUCCACCGGCAUAAGGAGACAGGGCUCCAUGAAGAAGGAAUUCCCACAGAACUUAGGAGGCAGCGACACGUGCUAUUUCUGCCAGAAGCGGGUCUACGUGAUGGAGAGGCUGAGUGCCGAGGGCAAGUUCUUCCACCGGAGCUGUUUCAAGUGCGAGUACUGCGCCACCACCCUGCGCCUCUCGGCCUAUGCCUACGACACGGAGGACGGUAAAUUCUACUGUAAACCACACUACUGUCACAGACUCUCUGGCUACGCACAGAGGAAGAGACCAGCAGUGGCCCCCCUGUCUGGAAAGGAGGCUGGAGGACCCCUGCAGGACGGCACUGCUGCAGAUGUGCACGGACGGGCCAGCAUCGCCGCCAGCUCGGCUGGGAGAGCCCCAGGUUCAGGUGUGAAUGGCCUGGAGGAACCCAGCACUGCCAAGAGGCCAAGGGGCACUCCCGAGAGGAUCGAGCUGGAGAACUACCGCCUGUCGCUGAAGCAGGCAGAGGAGCUGGAGGAGGUGCCCGAGGAGACGCAGGCAGAGCACAACCUGAGCAGUGUGCUGGACAAGGGCGCAGAAGAGGACGUAGCCAGCAGCAGUUCCGAGUCUGAGAUGGAGGAGGAGGAGGAGGAGGAGGAGCAGGACGAGCCACGGCUGCCCACCUCCGACCUGGGCGGCGUUCCUUGGAAGGAGGCCGUGAGGAUCCACGCUCUUCUGCAGGGGAAGAGUGGGGAGGAGCUAGAGGCCUUGACAAGCUUCGAGCCCGGGGAUGAGGAGGAGGAGGAGGAGGACUACGAUGACGACUACGAGGAGGAGGACGAGGAGGAGGAGUCCAGCGAAGCUGGGAGCCAGCGGCUGGAGGAGGUCUUAAACCCAGCUGGUCCCUUGGAGAUCCAGGCUGACGUGCACUGGACACACAUUCGUGAGACAGAGCAGCAGGAGAGGACGGCGUCAACCCCCGAGUCCUCUGCCUCCAGAGUCCCAUCAGAUGAGGACGACCUGAAAGAAGAUGUGGACUCGGAGCUGGCAGAGAUAGAAGGCGAGGCAGUGGAAGAGGGGGACCCAGGGGACACUGGCGCUGAGCUGGACGAUGAUCAGCAGUGGUCUGACGACACUCCAUCAGAUGCUGAAGCGGAGCCUCACGCACGGCACCUGGCUGAGGCGGGAGUGGAGCUAGAGCCGAGGCUAUCGGGAAAUGAGGAGGAAGAGCCACUCGCCUUGCCAAAGCGACAAGAGAGAGAUCCUGCCCAAGCCUCCAGUCCUCUCUGGUCCCCUCAGGAACCAGCUGUUCUGUCUACUCCAGUCCACAGCCCCACGGCAGAGGGGGCCCGAGUCCCUCCUGCCUCUGCUGGCACCAAGGUGAGAUCACCUGAGAAGCACCUUUUCCCGGAGGCUUCGCUCCCCAGAGAGCAGCCCAGAGCUGAAGCCCUUGGUGAUCAGAAGGCAGUGCCCGCUCCCAUCCGAUCUCAGCCAGGGGCUCUGCCAGAAGCCAAGACUCCUACCUCACCACUUAGUUCGCAGCACCUGUCACCGCUGGCCCCCUCCAUUUCCACCCCGCUCCCCAUCUGCUCCCAGCCACAGCCUGCCUCCGAGGUCACCGUGCCAUCCCCCACCAAGUCCCCCAUAUGCUUCCAACCUGUUGCUGCCAAAACCUCCACCCCACUGACCCCACUCCCCAAGAAGAGCCCAGGUGACACCAAGGACAGACUGAGCAGCCCUCUUGCUGUGGAUGAGGCCCUCAAACGCAGUGACCUGGUGGAGGAGUUCUGGAUGAAGAGCGCCGAGAUCCGCCGCAGCCUCGGGCUCAUGCCUGUGGAUCGCAGCAAGGGGCCCGAGCCCCGCUUCCCCUCGCCCCUCUUCCCCUCGCCCCUCUUCAAACCUGUGUCCCUAAAAUCCUGUUCAGUUGAGAAGUCCCCCCAGGAUGAGGGGCUCCAUCUUCUCAAGCCUCUGCCUGCUCCUAAAAGGCUGGGCCUGCCCCAGUCAGAUGGUGACCAGCCCUCGCCGCUGACACUUAAGUCGCCAUCUGACAGAGAACCGAAGAGCUCCCACGAGGACCGGAGGGACCUGUCCAGCAGCUCCGGCCUGGGCCUGCAAGGGAGCUCCUCCAACAUGAAGACCCUGGGCAGCCAAAGCUUCAACACCUCAGACUCCACCAUGCUCACGCCCCCCUCCAGCCCACCCCCACCCCCACCCCCAGGCGAGGAGCCUGCCACCCUCCAGAGGAAGCCACCUCCACCAAGCAGGCAGAAGGAGGCUGAGCCCAAGGCCUCAGCCGUCCCGCCAGCCCCACCUGCCGUGGUCAUGCGGCCCCCCCGAGAGCCUGCACAACCCCCCAGAGAGGAGGUGCGGAAGUCCUUUGUGGAGAGUGUGGAUGAGAUCCCCUUUGCUGAUGACGUGGAGGACACCUACGAGGACAGGACUGAGGACUCAAGUCUGCAGGAGAGAUUCUUCACACCCCCGUCCUGCUGGCUCCGGUCUGAGACACCCCUCCAGCCACCUCUGGCCAAGGAGAAUGGUCGGCUGCCUGCUCUGGAGGGUGGGGUCCAACUGCAGAAGAGGGGGCUGCCCUUGGUCUCCCCAGAAGCCAAGGAGCUGGCUGAGGAGCGCAUGCGGGCCAGGGAGAAGUCUGUGAAGAGCCAGGUGCUGAGGGACGCCAUGGCCAAGCAGCUGAGCAGGAUGCAGGGCAUGCAGAUGGCUGUGGGGACCCCCAGGCCCCGCAAGGCAUCCUCGGUGCCCUCUCAGGGCAAGGAACUUGGGUCUGAGUCCCCCAAACGCCCAUUUCUCAAAGGCUCUAAGGAGCCUGCCCUGAAGCAUGAAGCCACCAGCAAGGAGGUCAUCUCCCCUCCAUCGGACUCAGGAGGCCCAGACGGUUCUGUCACCUCCUCUGAGGGUUCCAGUGGAAAGAGCAAGAAGAGGUCAUCCCUCUUCUCCCCACGCAGAAAUAAGAAGGAGAAGAAGUCUAAAGGUGAGGGCCGGACCCCAGAGAAGCCCAGCCCACACCUCCUGGAGGAGGCAGCUGCCAAGCCUAGGUCCUUGUGGAAGUCGGUCUUCUCCGGGUACAAGAGGGACAAGAAGACGAAGGGCGAUGACAAAUCCUGCUCCAGUACCCCUUCCAGUGGUGCCACGGACGGCUCCGGCAAGGCCAGGACAUCUCCCAUCAUGAGAGCAGAGCUGCAGCUCCGGCGCCAGCUGAGCUUCUCAGAGGACUCCGACCUCUCCAGUGACGAUAUCCUCGAGCGGUCCUCCCAGAAGUCCAAGCGAGAGCCAAGAACCUACACAGAGGAGGAACUGAAUGCCAAGCUGACCCGGCGCGUGCAGAAGGCAGCUCGGAGGCAGGCCAAGCAAGAGGAGCUCAAGCGGCUGCACCGAGCCCAGAUUAUCCAGCGGCAGCUGGAGCAGGUGGAGGAGAAGCAGCGGCAGCUGGAGGAGCGAGGUGUGGCCGUGGAGAAGGCGCUCCGUGGAGAAGCAGGCAUGGGCAAGAAGGAUGAUCCCAGGCUGAUGCAGGAGUGGUUCCGGCUGGUGCAAGAGAAGAACGCCAUGGUGCGCUAUGAGUCGGAGCUGAUGAUUUUCGCCCGGGAACUGGAGCUGGAGGACCGGCAGAGCCGCCUGCAGCAGGAGCUCCGGGAGCGCAUGGCCGUGGAGGAUCACCUGAAGACCAAGGAGGAGUUGUCAGAGGAGAAGAAGAUCCUGAACGAGAUGCUGGAGGUGGUCGAGCAGAGAGACUCCCUGGUGGCCCUGCUGGAGGAGCAGCGGCUCCGGGAGAAGGAGGAGGACAAAGACCUGGAGGCCGCCAUGCUGUCGAAGGGCUUCAGCCUGAACUGGUCCUGAGCUCCGGCCCAUGCUCCCUGGUUGGUCUGUCAGCAUCUGCCUGCCCAGGCUGCAGCUCCCACACCCCUCAGAUCCUAGAUCUGAGAAGGCCUGGCACCUCCUGGGGGUUCACACCCAGAUGCCCACGUGCCUCUUGAAAAGUGGAGCCAAGUCCCCAUGCGCUGCAGGAAACCCCAGGUGACAAUGAUUAUCUGAGGUGGCUCCACCUGCUGGGAGGAGGCCCACCUGGACUUCCCGCCCAGGAGAGGAGCACGGAGCAUCUGAGGCAUGACGUGGAGAUCCCACAUGCUCCCCGAGGACACGCUGCUGGCGCCCUUUCUCUGCUGGCACAUUUGGUAAGAGAAGGAAGCUGUGCCCUCUCUGUCGCCCACAGCCCCACAGAGCACACCUCCACGCAGCCGUCUUCACGCUCCUUGAAGCACCACCAAAGAAAUGAAAAAGACCCCCACACAAGCAAGACGGGAAUCGAGACCCAGGAGAAGGGCAGUGGCCGUCAGGUCAGUGCCCACCCUGGCAUCGCAGGGCAAGCUGAGGGGCGGCGGGCCCUGGAUUCAUUAUGCAAGUGAGGGGCGCAGAGGGGUCUGCUCUCCAGCCCCCACCUCACCGGACCCGCGUGGCCAAACACCCCAAGUCUCUCUGGCUGUGGCCUGAGGCCUGUGGAUUGCUGCAUUUUGCUUUUAGGUCACAACUGUUUUGACACUGGAAAACACUGACUUUGGGGGACCAGGGGGAGACCCUGCAUUUCAAGCCCCCAGUUGACAGGCGUUGUCACUUCAGCGCUUUACAUUGGGGCAGGAAAUGGCGUUUUUCCUGUGUUUGCACAUUGAAAUGAAGCUGACGACCUGCAGGAUGCUCAGCUGCUUCAGACCCUUUUUGUCAAUUAACUUAUUUUUUUAAUACUUGAAAAGGAUCAACUUCAUUUUUAUAUCUUUACUAGAGACACUGAUCAGCUGCACCUGGGAAUAGGAGACAGAGCGGUCUCUGGUGCAUCUUGCGCAGUGUGAUCCCAAACUGAACGACCACUGGUUACAUGCGUCUAUUUAUCAGCCUUCUUCAUAGUGCUGUGACCUCGUUGGCGACGGGGGGCAGCUCGAGGCCCUCGGCGGCCCUCACUCACAGCUUUCCUGCCCCCUGCACAUGUGUCCUGCCUUCCCCCCACCCGGCCCCUGGUCUCGCUGUAGCACUGGCCCUUCUCACUUGUUCAGGACACCGCCGAGUGCCACUUGAGCCAGGCCAAAAGGAAGGAUGCCGCUCUUUUCUCUUCCUGUUGGAAUCAUGGCUCUGCCAAACCCAUUUUUUCUCAGUUUUGGUGCCAGAGCUUCACCCUCUUUGGCACAUACAUAAAAGCAAGUUUGGGGUGAGCCCUCUUCCCUGGCUGAAAUAAGGUAGGGUGGGAUGGGUGGUCAGUCUGGUGAUGAGAAUUCCCUCAGCCCAGCCUGAGAUCCAGCCAGACAGAAACGCACGUGUGACCGCAGCUGUUGGGUUGAGGCUGGUCUCACAAACAGCGGCUCCAUGCCUCACCUCCGGAGCACUGUGGGAACCUCCCCAUUCUAGGACCUUGGGGCAGCAGGGAUGGUUGGUGCUGGUUAGCCUGCUCUUAAGCCGAACCAUCCGUCUCUUAAUGGUUCAUCCAGGGACUGGCUAUGCGCAGCUCCUGAGGCCUCUGGCUGAGAAAAUCCGGUGAGGGGUAGUACUUAUCUGAUGAGAAUUUGCACACAGCCAGCCUGGGGAGGGUUCUGUCUGCUGGCUGCGGAGGGUUGCCCGUGCAGAGAGAAGAGACAGGAGGUGCUUCAAGGCGUGCUGAGGGAAGGACAGGGUGCGCGUCUGUGCUGACCUUGGAAUUUCUGCAGGGAACCAACCGUGCCUCAACUGCAACAUUUGUCCUGAGUGCAAAGGAGCAAGGAACCUGUCUUAUUCUUCGCUUUGUCCAAAGCUGCCACCUCUCUUGUGUGGAAAUCCAGAUGUGCUGCUAGCAACCUUCACAGCUCUGACUUCUUCACCUCCUGUUUUCUGAUGAGGCAAAGCCACUAUUUUUACUCUUUUCUUAGAAAGGGGGAGAGGAGAGUGUUCCAGAUUCCAUCUUCAAACCCCAUCUUCUAGUAAAAUUGGACUUGGGACAGGACUUUCAUUGUCCAUGUGGCCUUUUCCCUGGCCCUCUCCCCCUCGAGUGCCAGCAUAGCCAGGCAAGCCCAGCAGAGCGGCCUCCAAGAAGGGGGACGCCGUCUAGGAAGUGGCUUCCAAGGAGGCAGCAGCAGUGAUGUGCUGCUUCGCUGUAUCCUUCCAAAGCACACUGCUGCCUGCAGCUACUAGAAAGGGACUGAAGACCUUGCAGAGAGGCUUCUGGAAUCGGCUAGCCUGCAACAUGCUCCCCAGCUCUCCACUCCCACCAGUGUUAAGACUUCAGGUUCUAGUUGAGCACUUUUUUUUAAAGCUCCCAUUUUUAACCACUUGUUUGCAGUUGGUGUUAGUACGCUGGUGACCUGCUGCGUGAAGUGUUUUCCAGCUCUGGAAAUGCAUGCAGCUCUAGGCGGGUUUUCUUCCCUCAAAGGCAGGGAAGCAGGAUGUACAUACAUAUAUAUGCACAUGCAAAAUGCCAGAGCUCGCUGGAGUGGGCCCAGUGCAGGGCUACGUACAGUAGGGGUCCACAGGCAGCACCUGGGGGCAGGCGAAGGCAGCCCCGCUCCCAUGUUCAAGGCUGGUGGCCACUCCAGGUGGGCCUGUGCCCUAGCAGCUAUGUCCCAGCUGAUCUGACCAGCAAUGAUAGACUGUUCUUAACUCUUUCAAAAGAGAAGACAUGUUUCAGUGGGGCAGGAAGGAGAGUGAGUUAAAAAAAAAAUGCGAUAACAUCUGACCUACACAGGGUAACGGUCCAUUUUAUGCGCAAUAAAAAUUUUUAAAAGAAA